AUGAACGUGCCAAGCACGUCGACUCGCGGAUAUGCGAAAUAUCAAAUAAGGUCAUCUGGAAUGCCACGUGUUCUUGCAAACGAGUCGGACGUCUUCACGUUAGAUGACGUGGAUGUUGAUGAGGAGACGGAUGAGUUGAAACCCAAUAGAAUACCUAUAACAAAAGAAGAAGAGAAGAGUCGAUUGGUGGAAUGCAAUCUGGAUAGUGAUGAGGAAGAUGACAAAACACCUCCACAGGAAGAUGAUAAAGGACAGAAUAUUAGACAGUCUAGUAAAAAUUCAUCAACAGUAGAAUCAAAAGAAAGAUGCCGACUCCGUGAUUCAUUCGAUUUAGACAACGACGACUCUCUAUCCGAUGAUCUCGACCUACUUCCACCAAUCCCUGGAGCACCGAAUGCCAAUACUUCAUGGUGUUCGAAACUUCAUCGAUUCAAUUGUUGUAACCCACGAAUCCCGUCGAAAUGUACAAUUAUGUGA